AUGCCUCAAGCACAAUAUGCACUCCUUGCUUCAUCUUUUUUGUCUGUUGUCUUUGCCGACCCUUUCAAUACCUUCGACGGUCCAGGCUUCCCUGCUUGUCGCGAAGUCGCAAAAGUCUACGACCCAAAGACUGUGAAAGAGACGAUUGAUAUUGUCCGGACAGCUGCUGGCAAUGGCACACCUAUCAGAGCGUCAGGUAAAGGCCACAUGUGGUAUGAUACCAUGUGUUCCGAUAAUCCUUCGACUGUAAUCGUCCGGAUCAAACAGCUCAACCGCAUCAGCGAAUUCGACCUUCCGGUCGGGACACGAGAUGGUUCCGUGAUGAUAGAGGCAGGCGUUACAUUUUUUCAGCUUGCUGAGUAUCUCCAUCUGAACAACACAAGCAUGGGGAGCAUUGCAAUGGGUGCCCAUCGGAGCAGCCUUCGCGAGGAGAGUAUGAUAGCCGCAGGUGCGUUGGAGCUUCACAUAAUCGACGGAAAUGGUGAACUUCGUGUGAUCAAGAGGUCCGACAGCGAUGAAUGGCUUGCUGCAUCUACCUCUCUAGGUCUACUUGGAGUCAUUGCCAAAGUAAAGUUCAAAAUCUAUCCAGAUUUCAAGGUUUAUUCCAAGCAAGACAUUAUCUCUGAGGAUAAAGUGCUUAACGGGGACAUCUAUGGGCUGAUUGCGCCGUACGGAACUGCAAACCUUUGGUGGUGGCCCUAUUUGUGCAAGUUCCACCAUCGUUAUUACGAUCCAAUUCCCGCAGGGUUAUCCGAUCAAGAAGCAUUUCAAUCAACCUUCAGUGUCACGAAGACUGAGGCUGAUUUUGCAGCAGCAGGUCUACUAAACUCUGUCAAGAUCCUACCUACGUCUAACAUGGCUGCUGAGACGUUAUUCUUUGCAUUAUGGUCACCACCGAACUUCCGUGAUAAGAGAACAGAUAAACUAAUCUUUAAUUGGCCGGUAUACGGCUGGAACUAUGACGUGUUGAUCGGCGGACUUUAUCCUGGUCACGGAACACAAUGGGACCUUGGACUUCGAGGUUUGACUCUUGAGCUUGCAUUCCCGGUCACAAUUGCAAACGAUGUUCUUAAGCAUGUGCGAGAGGCUUUCGACAGCGAACUCAAGAAAGGAAUUUUCGGCAAGCCUUACAAUGACUUACUUGGACAAGUCUUCACUGCCAAUGAGGACGGUGCGGACUGGACAAAAGGUGCUAUGAUGUUCGAUUUUCCCACCUUCAAGCCUAACUGGGGUGAUGGCAAGAGGUUUAACGAGGGUUUCUAUGACAGGUUGGCUAAAGGAUUGAUCGAACGAUAUCCAUGUCGACCACACUGGACUAAGGAUACAAGAGAUAUCUUCAAUCUAACCAUGGUAAACAAGAGAAUUCAUUCAGAAAACCUAAGAAGAUUCAAGAGUGUAAUAGAGGGAUUUGAUCCAAAAGGAAUAUUCCGAAGUGUAAUUGGAGAAGUUCUAGGACUAUAUUAG